UCUUCUUCUGACCAGCCGGCUGCCUUUUUCUUUUUUUUUUUUGCCGGCUCGAUCUCUUCCCUCACCCUCUGGCUCGCUGUCUCCUCCUUCUCUUCAUCUCCCCUGCUCUUCUCUUUCGUUUUGCGCACUUUGUGGUGUUUCUUUGAUCUCGUUUGUUUUCCGUUAGUCGGAUAAACAGAACCUACUUCUUGAAUCACAUUAGUCUGCCACAGCUGCAGACGUAAAACAAGCACACACAAAACCAAGCAGAACAGAAACCUAGAAGCCCCCCAGGUUCGGCUAUACAAGAUGGCCCCUGACCUCGACACGCUGCCGGCCUCGUCGGUCCGCGGCAAUGCGCACCCCGGGACCGAGGGCGUGCCCGCGCCCGCGCCCGCUGGACCAGCCUCUGCUACUCCCAACGGCGGGGCGUCCAGGAAGCAGCCCAAUAUCCUCUACAUCAUGGCGGACCAGCUGGCGGCGCCGCAGCUCAAGAUGUACAACCCAGAGUCGCAGAUCCUAACCCCGAACCUGGACAAGCUGGCGUCCGAGUCGGUGCAGUUCGACUCGGCCUACUGCCCGUCGCCGCUGUGCGCGCCCUCACGCAUGAGCAUGAUCACGGGCGUGCUGCCGCUCAAGAUCGGGGCCUACGACAACGCGGCCCAGAUCUCGAGCGACAUACCGACCUACGCGCACUACCUUCGGCUCAAGGGCUACCAGACGGUCUUGGCGGGCAAGAUGCACUUCAUCGGCGACCAGCUGCACGGGUACGAGACGCGCCUGACCAGCGACAUCUACCCGGGCGACUACGGCUGGGCCGUCAACUGGGACGAGCCCGACACCCGCCUGGAGUGGUACCACAACGCGAGCUCCAUCCUGCAGGCCGGCACCUGCGUCCGUAGCAACCAGCUGGACUACGACGAGGAGGUCAUGUACCGCUCGACCCAGUACCUGUAUGACCAUGUGCGCCAGGGGCCCGACGCCCGGCCCUUCUGCCUGACGGUCUCACUCACACACCCCCACGACCCCUACACUAUCGAGGAGAAGUACUGGGAUCUGUACGAGGGCGUGGACAUUGCGCUGCCCAAGGUGAAGAUCCCCAGAGAGGAGCAGGAUGCGCACAGCAAGCGCCUCCUCAAGGUCUGCGACCUGUGGGAUCAAGACUUCACCGACGAGCAGAUCAAGCGCGCGCGCCGCGCCUACUACGGCGCCGUCAGCUACGUGGACGACUGCAUCGGCAAGCUGCUCGAUGUGCUGAAGCGCUGCCGGCUGGACGACAACACCAUCGUCGUCUUCAGCGGCGACCACGGCGACAUGCUGGGCGAGCGCGGGCUCUGGUACAAGAUGUCGUACUUUGAGUCGUCGGUGCGCGUGCCGAUGCUGAUCCGCCACCCCAGCCCCGAGGUUAAGCCGGGCCGCGUGUCGCAAAACGUGUCGACGCUCGACAUCAUGCCCACCAUGUGCGACCUCGUGGGCACCAAGCCGCUGCCCGGCCUGCCGCUCGACGGCAGCUCGCUGAUGCCGCACCUGCUCGGCCGGUCGGCCGAGGGCCACGACGAGGCGCUGGCCGAGUACACGGGCGAGGGCACCAUCAGCCCGCUCGUCAUGAUCCGGCGCGGGCCGUGGAAGUACGUCGCCUGCCCCGCCGACGGCAGGCCACAGCUGUUCAACCUGGCCGACGACCCGCUCGAGCUGGUGGACCUGGUCAAGGUGUUGGACAAGAAGGCGGCGCUGCUAGCGGGCGAGUCCGAGCCCGCCGAGCCCGCCGAGGCGGCACCCGAGGGGGUAGAGGCGGCUCGCGCGGCGCUCGACGCGUUUGAGAAGGAGGCAGCCGCCCGCUGGGACUACGACGCCAUCACCGAGGAGGUGCUGCUCUCGCAGCGCAAGCGCAGGCUCGUGUGGGCGGCGCUCAAGAAGGGCCGCUUCACCAGCUGGGACCACGACCCCGUCGACGACGGCCGCGAGAAGUACAUCCGCUCGCACAUGGACCUCGACGACCUCGAGCGCAUGGCGCGGUACCCGCCCGUCGACACGUACGGCCGCGAGACGGCCGGGGUCCUGGUCGACCAGGCCGGGUCGCAUGGGCAGUGA